GUUUCAUUCAUAUUCAUCUCUGGAGGAAGAUCUCUUGCAAAACAACACAGAGAGGAAAGAUGAGUACUCUUUACUUUCCAUGCUUGCUUUUGUUAACAAUGUUCUCAACUUAUAGCUUUGCAAAUAUAACCACAUCUAAUCCUUUCUCCAUAACACAAACUCUGAGCUCUCCUGAUGGAUCCUUUGAGCUAGGAUUCUUCAAUCCCAACACCUCUCAAACCCAUCAGUACCUUGGAAUCUGGUUCAAGAGAAUCACUCCACGUGUCUACGUUUGGGUAGCCAACAGAGAAACUCCAGUAACAACCCUCACUGCAAAUCUCACAAUCAGCAGUAACGGAACUCUCAUCUUGCUUGAUGAGAAACAAAAACUUCUCUGGUCAUCUGGACAAGAAUCUCUCACAUCUAACCAAUGUCAUGCCGAGCUUUUAAACUCAGGAAACCUUGUGGUUGUAGAUAACGUUACAGGAACGUAUCUAUGGCAAAGCUUUGACCAUCUUACAGACACCAUGCUUCCUCUGUCUUCUCUCAUGUAUGAUCUCCCUAACAACACAAGGCGUGUGUUGACUUCUUGGAGAAGCAACACAGAUCCAUCACCCGGUGAGUUUCUAGCAGAGCUUACUCCUGAAGUUCCACCACAAGGACUUGUAUGGAAAGGCUCAUCACCUUACUGGAGAAGCGGUCCUUGGGCGGAGACAAGGUUCUUAGGGAUACCAGAGAUGGAUGAAACGUAUGUGAAUCCAUUAACAAUGGUUCAAGAUGUGGUCAACGGCACAGGAGUUUUGACUUUUUGUGCUUUAAGAAACUUUGAUGUGUCAUACAUAAAGCUAACACCAGAGGGAUCAUUGGAUAUACACCGGAUUAACGGUGGCAACACUGGUUGGAUCAAGCAUUUUGAAGGUCCUAGAAGCUCAUGUGAUCUAUACGGUACAUGUGGACCUAAUGGUUUGUGUGUUAGGUCCAUUAGUACUACUCCAACGUGUAGAUGCUUGAAAGGGUUUGUGCCAAAGUCAGAUGAUGAGUGGAAUAGUGGGAACUGGACUCGUGGGUGUGUGAGAAGAACAGAGUUAUCGUCAUCAUGUCAGGGAGAAGAUACAUCAGAUGGAUUCUACCGUGUUGCUAAUAUGAAGCCUCCUGAUUCUUAUGAGUUGGUAAGGUUUGAUGAUGCUGAAGAGUGCCGUCAAGGAUGUCUCAGGAACUGUUCUUGCUUGGCCUUUUCCUAUAUCAAUGGUAUUGGAUGCUUAGUGUGGAGCAAGGAGCUAAUGGAUAUGGUUCAGUUUGCUGAAGAAGGAGAGUUUCUUUUUAUCCGUCUUGCACGUUCUGAGUUAGCCAGAAGCAAGCAAAUCAAGAUAAUUAUUGUUAGUGCUAUUAGUCUCUGCAUGUUUAUAAUCUUGGGACUUGCAGCAUUUUGGUGUUGGAGAUACAGACUGAAACAAAAUGGUGAUGCUCGUGUAGCCAUGGAGACUUCAGAAGAUGCUUGGAAGAGUAAUAUGAAGUUACAAGAUGUCUCAGGUUUAAAUUUCUUUGAGAUGCGAACCAUUCAAACUGCUACAGAUAAUUUCAGCAUCUCAAAUAAACUUGGCCAAGGUGGAUUUGGAACAGUUUAUAAGGGGAAGCUACAAGAUGGGAAAGAAAUAGCUAUAAAACGUCUUUCUAGCAGCUCAGGAGAAGGCACAGAGGAGUUCAUGAACGAACUAAAACUCAUCUCAAAACUACAACACAGAAACUUGGUUAGACUUUUAGGAUAUUGCAUUGAAGGAGAAGAGAAGCUAUUGGUUUAUGAGUUCAUGGUGAAUAAAAGCCUUGAUACUUUCCUCUUUGAUUUGAAGAAGAAGCUGGAGCUUGAUUGGCCUAAGAGGUUCAAUAUCAUUCAAGGUAUCGCUCGUGGACUUGUUUAUCUCCACCGUGACUCAUUCCUCAGAGUUGUACACCGUGAUCUCAAGGCCAGCAACAUUCUCUUGGAUGAGAAGAUGAAUCCAAAGAUAUCAGAUUUUGGAUUGGCAAGAAUGUUUCAAGGAACUCAGAAUCAAGACAACACUGGAAGAGUGUUUGGAACUUUGGGAUACAUGUCUCCUGAGUAUGCAUGGACAGGAACAUUCUCUGAGAAGUCUGACAUUUAUAGCUUUGGAGUUUUGAUGCUGGAGAUCAUCACCGGAAAAGAGAUAUCAUGCUUUAGCUAUGGAAAAGAAAACAAGAACCUUCUUGCACACGCAUGGGAAUCAUGGAGUGAAACAGGGGGAGUAGAACUACUGGAUCAAGACAUUGCUGAUUAUGAGUCAGAUUCAGUUGAAGCAGUGAUGAGAUGUGUUCAGAUAAGUUUGCUAUGUGUUCAGCACCAAGCAAUGGACAGACCAAACAUCAAACAAGUUGUGACAAUGCUGACGUCUACAAUGGAUCUUCCAAAACCGAAACAACCAAUGUUUGUUUUGGAUACUAGUGAUGAGGAUUCUCUGUCUCUCAAGUCUAAUGAUGAUUAAAAUUUGUUAUCAGAUGAUGAAAACAAACCAGUUCAUGAGUUACCGGAAUCCCCUAAGUAUUGAAAUUACUGUAUAUAUGGUUCAGUGUGGAUCCAGAACCAUCCUCAUAUGUAAGAUAAAGAACUAAAGAUG